CGUGAUCCUCAUCAUGGGAUUCGCGACUAUCAAAGAGGCAUGGACACCGCUGAUCGACAUACUGCUGCACAAAUGGAACAAUGCCAACCAUAAGCGCAACGUGAAGCUGGUGAGUUUCGACAACCGUGGAGUGGGAGGGUCGGAUGUGCCUUGGUGGCGCUACACCACGAGCGCUAUGGCUCAAGAUGCUUUGGCUUUGAUGGACCACAUCAAGUGGGACACUGCUCACGUUGUAGGCAUCAGCAUGGGCGGUAUGAUCUCUCAGGAACUUGCGUUGGCGGCCCCCGAGAGGGUAAAGUCACUUAUUCUCAUGGUGACAACACGCGGCAAAUUUAACGAAGAUCCUCGCUCCAAAGCGCCGAUGAAGGAGAGCUUGGAUGCUAAGAAACCCAACGAAAUUGCUAAGGCACAGCUGAAGUUGCUUUUUAGCGACGACUUCCUGGAUCAGCCGAUGGACUUGGUUGACAACACAAAGCGGGAAGUAAUCUACAAGUACCUGGAAGAUCGAGCCACGACGCGCGUUAAGCCAUCCAUCCUCGGGCUGAUCAACCAGAUACUCGCUGUCCGCACACACUGGAUUUCAGAUGAACGUCUUGCGGCGAUCAAUGACGCCGGAUUUCCGAUUCUGCUGGUUGGCAGUGCGAUGGACAUUCUCAUUCCUCCACGUGAAACGCAGACGUUGCGUGAAUUUUUCAAAGGAGACCACGUGAAGACACUGUUCUUCAAACACGGUGGCCACGGUGUCGUCCUGCAGUAUCCGGAGGAAAUCGCGGAUGGUUUGACGGAGAUGUUUCUGCGCUGAUGGAGGGCAGGAACAGCAGUGAAGACAACCCGUGUUCUCUGCUCCUUUAUCUUCGUGAAUUCAGCGCCUACAGUAACGGAAUGUUUGCUGCAGUCCAGUCGCUACUAUCGCUUCGCUAGUACUGCUAUAGUAUUUCUGUUAAGAAGUUAUGGGGUCUUAGAUCUCGAUGAAGCUGGAACGAAAUGUGC